AUGACCACCGAACCCCAGUCGCAGCUCCGAUCACAGGACCAGAUUGACAAGCGAGUGCCUCCAGAAAUCUGGGAACAGAUCUUCCAACACCUCUACCCAUCACAGCUCUCCCGGAUGUCGAUGGUCAACAGCAACCUUAACAAGAUCGUGUCCUCUCUUUCAGUGUGGUCCCGCAUGUUCUCGGUAGUCUAUGGACCCAAGAAGCGACUUCGCACUCUUCGCAAUAUGCCCGAAUCCAAGAGCUACAUGCUCUAUAUGUGCGCGAGCAGCUUUCAUGUCUGUGAAGGGUGUCUCGCUCUGGUGCCAUUCGUGUUCAAUCCAAACAUGCCAGCGAACCUGCAACCAGUUCUGGCGGAUCUACCAACGUUGAGCAAGGGCGAAAUCAUAUACCUGGGAGAAGAAAUCAAUAAGGGCUGGAUGGUCUGGCUAGCAAGCUUGAUGGCCCCUUAA